AUGAACUUAUUGUACUAUCUGCUGAAAGGUUUUGUAUUUCUUAGCCUAUCUGUCAUGUGUUUGUCUCAGACAAUAGAUAAAGAAGGCAAGCCACUUACAGAUUUUGUGGCCACUAUGAGUCAACAGACGAAUUCUAAUAAUUUUAGAAAAAAGUCAAAACCUACAGGUGUAUUAGACAAGCUGUUAUUACCUGAUCCCUCAAAAAGUCUACUUUCACUUCCAACAAAUGCAACGUUCGAUCACACACAUCGACCAGGUCUCUUGUUAUGGAAGACACCCAAGCUUGUCUGGCAAGAUCCCAAUCGAGGGGAAAAAGAUCCUGUCAUUCUAGGACCUGUUUAUCGCUUACCAGUAGAUUCAGAUGACUCGGGGGCACAGGUACAGAUGGAGUGGUCUUAUACACAGCUUAAAGUCAGACCAGACAAAUUGACCAUUGAGGCAGUUGGACCCAAUAAGGCAACAUGGACUAUUUCGGUGAUUGAUGGAACACUGACAACGGCCACAUGGGACCUACGAUCCACUCCCAGCUAUAGUCCGUUGAUUGAAGGCUUCUAUACAUUAAACGUGCAUGAUCAACGUGGUCCAGCAAGCCCACCAAAGCCUGGUUGGCUAAUCGCGAAUGACAAGAUGAAAGUUGCGUUGUACAAAACAGAAGGUAAUCAUGUAGGCGAAAAAUAUGCGCCCUCUGAGUGUGCUACAUGCUUUGAAUUUGUCAUGCAGGGUUUUGAAAGAUUAGAAGGUGCCUCUACGAGAAAGUAUGUGAAUUCCGCUAUCGUGUUGACUAUUUGGUUUCUUUGGACUCUUUUGUAG